AUGCCCGACCACGCCAACCAACAGCAAGACCACGACAAUGUGGACGACCCGGGAUUCAUCACUUACCAGGAGAACGGCCAAGAGCCACAGCCAGCGCACCACCUUCAGAGCAACUCCAUGGUUAGGCAAGCUGGGCUCCAGACAGCCGCCGUCGAUUCCGGUACGUCUACAUCCUCGACGACCAGCCAGGCUCGGCUGGUACCAGAGCACUCUUCGACUACCCACGCUCACCGCAACGAUCCAACCGACAUGGCGAAGUACCCCCUCGAUUUCGAUGCCAAGAACGCCUCUCUGUUGGACGCACGACUUGCCAGCAUGGAUCGCGAACUGGACGGCAUUGACUGGAGUCUUCCCAAAGAGACUCCCGCCGAGAAAGCCGCACGUCUGCAAGCAGAGCUCGAAGCCCGCCAGCGCGAGGCUCGUCGUCGCUUGGAGCAUCCUACUCCGCAAGAGCUCGAAGGCUACCAGCAGUACGCUCGUGUCGUGGCGAAGCUCAGCGACCCAACGGAUCCAUUCGUGCGUUGCUGUGGCGAGUGGGGUGACGAGGUGCUUGGUAGGGCUUCACUGCACAUGGACGAGGCUGAAGGUGACGAGAAGAUCUUCGGUUUCAAGACCACGACUUGA